UGGCUAUUCCGUGACCUGUUCUGGUCCCGUAGGGGUGGUUCGAAUGGAGGUACCUGACGGAAAAGGCCCGAGAACUGUGGUGUCCGCAGCACAAACGCGGGUCUAAAUCUCCGCGACGCCGCCCGAGUAUCCCGUGACAGCAUCUUGGCCGCCACCGCCGCCGCUUCCGCUACUCCCAGAGUCCGAUGGCGGCGGCCGAGGGCAGUGUGACUCUGGAGGAUGUGGUUGUGUACUUCUCCUGGGAGGAAUGGGGUCUCCUCGAUGAGGCUCAGAGACGACUGUACUAUGAUGUGAUGCUGGAGAACUUGGCACUUAUAUCUUCACUGGGUUGUUUGUGUGGCCUAGAGAUUGAGAAACCACCUUCUGGACAGAGUGUUUCCCUGGGAAGAUUGCCACAAGUCAGGACUCCAAAGCUAGAUCCAUCAAUCCAGACAGCUACUCUCUGUGAAAUGUGUGUUCCGGUCAUGGCAGAUAUUUCGUCCCCAGCUGAGUAUCGAGGAGCACAUACUGGGCAGAAAUUGAACUCAUGUGUGGCAUGUGGGAAACAGUUUUGUUUUAGUGCAAAUCUUCAACAUCAAGAGCACAAUGUAAUGAAAGCCUACAGCACAGAGGUGGACAUGACCUCUAUGAAGAGCUACAGAGGUCAUUCAUUAGGGAAGCGUUUCACCUUCACGGAGAUUGGAGAGGAUUUCUUCACCAGUGUGGGUCUUUUCCAGCACCAGGCCAUUCCCAAAGCGCUACUGAGUAUACAUAGCAGUACCGGGUGUGGGGAGGCCUUUCACAAUGGAAAAAGCCAUUAUAUGUGUGGUGCAUGUGGGAAAGCUUUCCGCCGCAAACGUACACUUGUUCAGCACCAGAGAAUCCACACUGGAGAAGGACUGUAUGAGUGCAGUGAAUGUGGGAAAACCUUCAGCUACAAGCAUUCAUUUGUCCAGCAUAAGACAAUCCACACUGGAGAAAGGCCUUUUGAAUGCAGUGAAUGUGGGAAGGCCUUCAGGUUCAAAUAUAAACUUGUUGAGCACCAACGUAUUCACACUGGAGAAAGGCCUUAUGAGUGCAGUGACUGUGGGAAAGCUUUUGGAUUUAAAUCCAGACUCGUUCGGCAUCAGAGAAUUCACACUGGGGUAAAGCCUUACGCAUGUGCAGAAUGUGGGAAACUCUUUAGACACAGCUCCAGCCUAAUUCAGCACCGGAGGGUUCACACUGGAGAAAUGCCUUAUGAGUGUGGUGAAUGUGGGAAAUUCUUUAGACAAAACUCCAGCCUCAUUCAGCACCAGAAAUUUCACACUGGAGAAAGUCCUUAUGAGUGCAGUGAAUGUGGGAAAUCUUUUAAACAAAGCUCCAGCCUCAUUCUGCAUAGGAGAAUUCACACCGGACAGAUGCCUUACAACUGCAGCGAAUGUGGGAAAGCCUUCAGCCGCAAAGACACGCUUGUUCAGCACCAGAGAAUCCACACUGGAGAGAAGCCUUAUGAGUGCAGUGAGUGUGGGAAAGCCUUCAGUCGAAAAGCCACACUUGUGCAGCACCAGAGAAUCCACACCGGAGAGAGGCCUUAUGAGUGCAGUGAGUGUGGGAAAUCCUUUAGUCGCAAAGACAACCUGACACAGCACAAAAGAAUUCACACUGGAGAAAUGCCUUAUAAGUGUACUGAAUGUGGAAAAUACUUUAGUCAUCACUCCAAUCUGAUUGUGCACCAGAGAGUUCACAAUGGAGCAAGGCCUUAUAAGUGCAAUGAUUGUGGGAAAGUCUUCAGACACAAAUCUACACUUGUUCAGCAUGAGAGCAUCCAUACUGGAGAAAAUCCGUAUGUUUGUAGUGAUUGUGGAAAAUCCUUUGGCCACAAAUACACCCUCAUUAAACACCAGAGAAUUCACACUGAGACAAGACCUUUUGAAUGCACUGAAUGUGGAAAAUUUUUUAGCCGAAGCUCUGACUUUAUUGCACACCAAAGAGUUCACACAGGUGAAAGGCCUUUUGUGUGCAUCAAAUGUGGGAAAGAUUUCAUAAGGACCUCCCACCUUGUUCGGCACCAAAAAGUUCACACUGGAGAAAGGCCAUAUGAGUGCAAUGAAUGUGGGAAGUCCUAUAGCUUAAGCUCCCACCUCAUUCGGCACCAGAAAGUUCACACUGCAGGUAGGCUUUAGGAGUGCUGUCAACACAACAUCCAUAUGGAGAGGAGCUCUGUGAUUUCCCUUUGAGAGGAAGACAUUAGUCAGACGUUGAACUUCAUGUAUCUGAACAUUAACACUGGGGAGAUACCAUAUGACUGAUGGGUACAAGGAAAGUUUUCAGGGGCUGUAUUGCACUUUCAGACCUGCUCAGGUGCCUUGCUAGGCACCUGCUCAAUGUCUGUAGUUGAAAACAUUUCAACUCUACCAGCUUAGUUACCCUGAUAAUCCUCAGAGAAGACAGACGUUUGUACUGUCUCUGAUCUCUGGGGGAAUUAUAAUAAACCUGGGCUCAUUUCCUCCCUGCUGACUGGUAAAGGUGUGGACAUGACCCAUCUUUAACCAAGAGGACCUGAGUUAUAUUCUGGUAGCAUGAAAAGUUUACUUUUCCUCAUGGACGUUGUCUCAUGUGAUAGUUUUGAUGGAUUUUUCCAGCCUUCUAAAUGACUCAGCUUGAAGAACUACUUGCCUCAUGUUGCUCUGAUUUGUGUGAUAAUAAAGACAUUCUUAUUUGAGCUACCUUUAGUCCUAGAGGUGGUUUUAGUGUUUCACUGGUUUGAAAACAAGUUCUGCAAAACUGAAGAGGUGAACAGUGUGUGUAGGUGCUUCCAACCUUUGUGUGCCUCAAAUGGAACAGCAGGUUGGCAGAGAAGAGUUCUCAAGUCCAUCAGUGUAGCUUUGGUGUUAAUUUCCAUUGCUGAGAAAAGCUUUUUUCUUCCCUUUUUUAAUAAAUAAAUUCUCAAUCAAGAAGAAAUACAAAAUUUAAAAACAGCAUAUUGGGUCCUGGCUGGUGUGGCUCAGUGGAUCUAGUGCC